UUCGAUCGUCGACUUCUCCUUUCCCACUCUACGUCACUUUCUUUCCAUGCACCAUUCACUUGCUUUCGCACCGUAAAUCUAGCGCAACUUUAUUCUUUGAAGCCUUCGUCCGCCUUCGUCACCUUCGCUUAAGACGUUUUAAUUCACAGCAGAUGCCUAAUCGAUAGUCUCUCUGCUCCACCCCCGCAAGUACGCAAUCACAAGCCACAACCGAUCCAAGCGCGUCAGGGUUCAACGAGCGUGCAGCCUGCCAGCACAUCAUUCGAAUUUUUGCUGGACUCUGCAUAUACACGUAGACACGCGACUGCCUCCGCCAGGCUCCGGUCAACUCUGCACCGCCCAUUGUUCGACCUGAACCACUUCCACGAUGGUGACGCAACGACGAUACUCGGUUACCGGCCAAACACCGCCAGACGACGCCGAAGCCUUGAAAGCAGGCUCACCAAAGUUACAUGCCCUCGAUACCAGCGUACAGACCAGCUGCGGGCUCUGCGAGGGCGGCGCAGAAGCGAGCAAGGCACUCGAAGAAAGCGCAACCGCGCAGUUGCGAGGACGCAAGAUGUCACCCACAUGUACGAUCACACGAACCUCCAGCAAACGCUCAGCAACCCAGCUACCCUCACCAAGCUCACCAACGUGCGAAUUACCACCCAAGAUCGCACGAUACAGGCUGAGCUACAACGAAUCGGGUAUGGACAUGGAUACAGACACAGACUCGGAUGCCACGGAUGUGUUUCGAGACCGCAGUGAUAAGGAAGAGGAGGACUGGAUGGUCAACAGCCAGGCGACCUCCAUGCCCUCCACACCAGAGUUCUCACUACCACUCAGCGCCCUACGUCUACCAGACACGGAAGACGAAGGCAUCGACGUAGAAGACCUUGCGCUCUCUCCACCACACUCUCGAAACCACAGCCUAAACUGCGCCCACCUGGACGAAAAAGCCCUGCAGCGCGACUGGGCCGUCUUCAAGCAAGCAAGCGCCCUGCUGGAAUCGCAAAUCAUGCACCUAGAAUACAUUACUCCACCUCAACCCCAAACACAAGAACUCAGCACCCACACGGCCGUUACUUUCCUCACCCUGCCUCCAGAAAUUCGCCACCAAAUCUACCGCCUCGACACCGACCUCGUCAAAACCAAACCGCUAUGCUACUGCCUCGAGAACGCCGGGUCCAAAAUCCAACACCCCUUCGCCUCCGUGUCAACACAAAUCCGGCGCGAAGCGCUCGCCAUAUUCUACAGCUACAACACAUGGGCGAUCAAGACGGAGUACAAGAUGUUCUACGAGGCGUUUCAGGACUGGAUUAUCCGGCUGGGCGACGGCGCAAGCCAAUUACGGCUUGUAACGCUGAGUGUGCGGGGGAAGUUGUUCAAGCCGGUCAAGACGCAUCCGCAGAGUGUGGUGGUGAAUGGACAGAUUGUGGUUAUUCAUACGGGGCAUGUGCCGGCGGGUGGGGUGGGCGUGUUGCCGAGUCCGACAAGAGAGGAAAUGUAUAGUCCGCCGGAUGGGGAGGCGAGUUUUAAUAUUGAUUUGAGCGAGAAGUAUGUUGGUGGGCAGGUGCAGUUAACGAGGAAUGAUGGAACGGCAGAUGCGGGUGAGAAGGGGAGAGUGCAGCUUGAGAAGAUGGUUGUGAGUCUAUGGGAGAAGAGGAGGGAUAGCACGCUCAAUGGGCAAGAUUGGAUCAGUCUGGUCGAUGGCUUCCUGAGCUUCGUCGGUAUGAUCGGCGGCGCAUGGUGAACGUCGGAGUGCCUUAGUACAGAUCCAUCAUAGUGGACAGGUACGUGGAGUGUUUGCAGCGUUGUGUUCUUCCUGUUCUUGUUUUCAUAAUGAAUGCGUUCAAGCCUGCACGUCUGCCUGGGUUACCAAGGGGUUAGGAGUCUACUGGCGCAAUGGAGAUGGAGCAUGGAAAACGCAUAACAACAAAUCGGCGGAAAAGACGAUCACGCAUGGAGAGCAACAUUAACCCUAUCAGGAAAAGGUUGGCGCAAUGCCUUUUAGCUGUGGAUAAUUUUGAGAUCAUUCUGAGGAGGCUGUGAUGUGCAUAAGAGAUGAUAAUAAAGCC